AUGUCCGUAUCGGCGGCGGCGACAGGAGCCUUGGAAGCGCGCGGGCUCCGCCCCUCGAGGGAGGCGGGCGCCGAGCCCCGCGCCUUCGAGCGCCCGCCAGGUCCCCCGGAGAGCGAGUUGGAACUUCAGCGGCCAGGACCCUGGAGGCGGCGGCGCCUCUCUAGGGACGUCCGCAUGCAGCCGGCGGAGAAAGUCUCUCUGAGGGCCACCUGCAGCGAUUCUGCUGCCAAGCGGCCCAGCUUAGUGAACAACCUAGAAGAGAAGUGGAACCAGAAGGUGAUCGGGAACUACUACGAGCUGUUCGCCGCCUCGUUGGGCAACCUGGAAUGGUUGCGGUUCUGUCUCGAUCGGCACGGUGAGGUAAUCCCGGCUGAUGACAAGGGUUUCACCGCCAUCCACUUUGCAGCCCAGAGAGGCAAGCUGGCAUGCCUGCAGGUCUUGGUAGAGGAGUACAAUUUUCCUGUGAACAUGCCCACCAAAAAUGGCCAGACACCCCUGCACCUUGUCAUCCACAGUGACAACAAGACCAUGGCCCUCCCCUGCAUUCACUAUUUGAUUCAGCAAGGGGCGGCCCUCAACACCCAGACAUGCAACGGCUUCACACCCCUGCACCUGGCAGCCCGAGAGGGUCUGCUGAACUGUGUGAAGGCCCUGGUGCAGAAUGGUGCCAACGUCCAUGCCCAAGAUGCCAUGGGCUGUAAGCCCAUCGACUACUGCAAAAUAUGGAACCACCGCAUCUGUGCCCGGUUCUUGAAGGAUGCCAUGUGGAAACAGGACAAGAAGGACUUUGCCUGUGAGAUGAGGAAUCUGAAGAGGCUUAAGGACCAGCUGGCCCUCAUGGAGCAGGACCACCUGACUGAGUAUCAAAGAAAGCACCAAAUUCUGAGAGAUGCUGAGGUCAAGAAGUGGCUCCAUCGCAAGCUGCUGCCCCGAGGCCAAUCCCUGAUCCACAGCACUCAGCAAGAGCCCCAGGCCACCGCCAUCUCCAAGACUCCUAAGCAGAGAGGACUCUGGCCUCCCAAGAGCUUGCACCCCUCCCCAGAAGCACGCCUGCAACAGACACUGGAGCCCAAGCUGCCCCUGGUGAUGCGUAGGCCCACCUACAAGCAGCCCAGGCUCAGGCGGCCCAAGGUGUGGAAUCUUAGCAACAACCCUGCCAGGUCCCCCACUGCCCAGAUCGGCUACCCGCAGGGCAUCCGCCUGGGCGUGCAUCCCGACUCCAAGCUGGAACACGACUUCCGCUGCUUCCUCGAUGUCAGGCCUGACGGGCAUGGUGGCGCACAUCUGUGCACGGUGGCCGGCAAACAGGUGGCACCUGUGCCCCGGCUGCCUUUUGAGGUAAUAAUCCGUGAGCUGUAUCCUUCGGAGAGGCCGUACAGGAUGAAGGUGCCCCAGGGCUUUUACUCUGUCACCAUGAGCCAUGUGCCCCGGAAGCGGCACCUGGGUGACAGCGUCUUCUGGACAGACACUCUGAACAUGAACCUGAGAGAGACAUUUGACGAAGCCUUCCUGGCAGCUGUGCGAGCCCAUCAAGGGCUCCCUGCUCUGUCCUCCCCAAAACCAUCCCCCCCUUAAACAUAUUUUGGUAGCCUCUCCACCAGAGGCCACCCAGUGACA